CGGGCGGCGGCGCUCCGACGGCCCCGGCAGCGGCGCUCCGACGGCCCCAGCAGCAUGCCGAGAGCGGCCGCCGGGGCCCCGCCAGCAUGUACGUGAGCUACCUCCUGGACAAGGACGGGCCCAUGUACCCCGGCCCCGUUCGCCACUCGGGGGGGCUCAACCUGGCGGCGCAGAACUUCGUGGGCGCCGCGCAAUACGCGGACUACGGCGGCUACCAUGUGAACCUCGACGGCGCUCAAUCCCCCGGGCCGGCCUGGCCCGCGCCCUACGCAGCUCCGCUCCGCGACGACUGGGGGGCCUACGGGCAGGGAGCCCCGCCGCCCGCCGCCGCAGCCGCCGCCGUGCAUGGCCUCAACGGCGGCUCCCCGGCCGCAGCGAUGGCCUACAGCCCCGCCGACUUCCACCACCACCACCACCACCACCACCCGCACGCCCACCACCACGCCGGCCCCGCGCCGCACUGCUCCGCCGGGGGGAUGCAGCCUCUCGGCGCCGCCCCCGCCGCCUCCUCCGCCGCCUCCGCCGCCCCCGAGUCCCUGUCCCCCGGCGGGCAGCGCCGCGGCCUCUGCGAGUGGGUGAGGAAACCGGCGCAGGCCCCGCUCGGUAGCCAAGGCAAGACGAGGACAAAGGACAAGUACCGGGUGGUUUACACAGACCACCAGCGCCUGGAGCUGGAGAAGGAGUUCCACUACAGCCGCUACAUCACCAUCCGGAGGAAAGCUGAGCUGGCCUCCAGUCUGGGGCUGUCGGAGAGGCAGGUGAAAAUCUGGUUCCAGAACCGUCGGGCGAAGGAGAGGAAGAUCAACAAGAAGAAGCUGCAGCAGGCGCAGCCCGGAGCCGCGGAGCCUCUCAGUCCAGCCGCCCCUCCGCUGCCUGGCCCCGCUGCCGCCCCUCCACCCGCCGGGCUGGGCCCCACCGCCCCGCAGUGACAGCGACCCCGGCCGAGCGCAGGGACUGCACGGACCGCGGAGGGACGGCCGGGCCGGGCCGGGACCGGUGGGACCCGGUGGGCACAGCGGGAGCGGCCCCAAUGCACUGCAGCGCCGUGUGUACAGAUGUACAGUGAGCGCGUCUCGUUCGGGGAACCGCGGCCGCGGCUUUGGUGUUAUUAAUAUUAUUAUGGUUUUCUUUUGUUGUUAUUUUACCUUUUCUUUUUUUUUUUUUUUUUUUACCCUUCGGUGUGAGGGGAGCGUGGCACUCCUCAGUGAAUCUCAGGGAUCGACGUGAAGGUCUGAGUGAUGCUUUUUGGGCUGACGAUGAAUUUUAUCCGGGGGGAGGAGGGGGGGGGAAGAAAAAAUUAAAGCACAUUUUUUUCUUAAA